CAAGUAUAUAGAUUUUAUUAAUAAAAAUAAACACAUAGGUAAUAAUAUAAAUAAUAUGUAUUAUACAUUUGGUGGUUUGAAUAAUCAUCGUAAAUAUUAGUGUAUAACUUUAUAAUAUACAGGACAUGUCGCCUCAAUACAACAUAUUAAUACAGUCAUACAGAUGUACACAACGGCUACACCUACAGCUUUUACCUCCGUAUUUAUUUAACUUAGUAGUAUAUUGCAUUUGACUGAAUCUUAUCUAAUAGUAUUCACCUUCUAGCUAGCAAUGCAUUCAAGUAUACUGGUUUUUCAUUUUAUAAUUUCUAUUUAGUAAUACAUUGUACUGUCACUGUGACACUGUGACUGACGCUUUUACAGUUUCACACUUUUAUACAGUUUUACAGUUUUUUUUAAAAUUUAUUUUAAUUUUAAAUGGAGUUAAAUUUUUUAAGAACUGCAAAAGGUAAACAUUUUUUGGUUCAAAACGGAUAUACUUUUACAAAAGAAAAAGAUGGUGCUGAUUCCAAGAUUAUUUGGAAGUGCAGUCAAUAUGCCAGUAAAAAAUGCCGUGGAAGGUGUCAUACACAAUUAAAUAACGUUGUUUGGGACUCUGACAAUCACACUCAUUUACCAGAGGCAUCCAGAUUGGCUGCAAUCCAAUUUAUAUAAAAUAAGUCAAAGUAUAGUAGGAAAUCCAAAUACGCCAAAUAAAAAGAACAAGACAGUCAGUUGGGCUGAACGAGUAAAGAACAUAGUAGCAGAUUAUCAUAAUCGAGAGUUUGAAGAUUAUCUUCAAGGUAUUUCAUUGAAUAUAUACUUCCAUUAAUUAAUAUACAUAUUUAAUUUUUUUUAAAUACUUAUAUCAAUUUUAUAUCAAUUUUAUUAAAUUAUACAUAUUUUUAUAAUUUUUAUCAAUUCUACUAUAUAUUAAUAUAACAAUAUUAUAUGCUUGAAAUAUAUUAUUUAUCUAUAAUGAAAUUACUGCUAUAUUUCAUGCUGGCGGUAUAUAUACUGGCGAUAUUUCUUCCAUGCGAUAUAAUGGUUUCGCGAUAUUUUGGUUGCGAUAUUUUGGUCACGUGAUAUUUUACCGGCGAUAUGUAACUACUGUAUAAUAUCUUGCAUGAGUAUGAAUAUAGUUAAAACGAUAAUAUUUAUAUGGAUUAUAUUAAAUGAACAAGAAUGAUUGUUUUUAUUUUUAAAUUAUAGUAGGAUAUAUUAUAUUAAUACAUAUAUGAAAACAAAAUAUGUAUUCACACUUUGCUGCAUACGUAUUAUAAGCUUAGCAUGGAAAAAAUUUAGAAAAAAUGUCAUGAUUAUUCAUAUUAUUGUAAAUUAAACUAAAUAGGUACUAACCUUUAUUUUUUCACACAUUUUCUUCGUACAAAAUAUUGUUAUUUUUGCAUAUUUUACUCUUACAAGUUCCAAACGAAUGCAGCUCAUUAUUUUUUAGUUGAAAAAUAAUAUGUGAUCUUAAAGUAAUAAGCUAUAUUCUUGUUAUAAAAGUGUAAAGUUCAAGAGAUUAACCAAAAUUAGUGUGUAUUGCAUAAAAAGAAAUGUGAGUGGCCUUUAAAUUACAAGUGCAUUGUGUUUUGCUAAAUAAAGGUAAUGGAAGAUUCCCAGCGAAUUUAAUGUGACUUCUGGGGUACUAAAUUGCGUAGGUACAAAUGUGCCAUUGUGUUUUCCAGUUUUAAUAUAAUUAUAGGUAUUUUAUUACUCUACUAUACAGGAUAUCUGCAUAUUUAGUAGUAUAAUAUUAUACGACUAAAUUCACGUAACAUCUUGAGACAAUUUAUAAUGGUCGACUAGAGUUUUUUUUUAUUUUAAUAACCUACUGACUCCUAAUAUUAUUUGACAUGUGUGUGUACUUAAUUCUAAAAAGCAAACACAAACAAAAAGUAUAAACACGUUAUCAAAGCAUUUUUAUUAAUUAUCAUUCAUUGUCUUUGUUUUUAAUAUUUUUGUGAUAUAAAGUGCAAUUAUUUUAUUUAUUAUCAUAUUAUUACAGUUUGGCCAUGUUCUUAGUUGAUAGGUAUGUAGUUUAUAGAGGGUGUACAAACAAAUUUAUGUUUAAAUUUUAAUUUUAGAUUCUGAGUGGAACGAUGAAUGUAUUGACUUUACAAUGAUCUGUGUGUUUUUUGUGUCUGU